AUGUCGGGCCGCAACCGGUGUUUGAAGGAGCCCUACAAAUCCGAAGCUCUCACCCUGGAGAAGUUACAUUUUGCCAUCUCUGAUUGGGCCGACGGCCGGCUGGAGAAGCCAAUUAGGGAUUUGGAAGGUUCAGGUUUGGAUUUGGGAAUAUCUGGGUUUAUGCCUUGGUCAUGUCGUUGUCGUCAACCUCAAAAGCCCAACCUUGAGGACGAACGUGAGGCGGUACAACCUUGCCUGGUCAUCCUCACCGAAGAGGAUCACCAACAGUUUUUUGAAUUGGAGGCGUCGUCGAAUCGAAGGGGUGAAUCUGUGGUUGUCCACAACGGUGUUGCUGUUGUCAUUGAUAUCCCGAAUAAGAUGAAGCGCACAGCGCGGUUGGGCAUGCCGGUGCAGAUGACGGAAGAGGAAAAGCGUAGAGUGUUGUAA